UCGCAUUUCAAUUAAGUGGGUUUGCCUGGCUACGCACUUCACUCUACGUAUAUUGGCCAGGGGUUUUACGAUUCAAGAGUCUUCGGCUAUUCGAGGAGAGAAUAAAUCUACAUAAAAGCAGUAUCCAUUCAUUCGUCGAAACCUCGCAAAGUACAAUUAACUCUUAUAAUUAGCGAUACGGUACUUGAUUCCAUGGGAAAGCUCUGCUUCUGACUAUAURUAAAACACGCAAACUUGUCUUGGUGUAUCAUUGAGGGCAUUUUUAAGGAAUAGGAACAGAAUUGAGAAGAAAAGCAAUAUGGUUCGACAACUAAAAAAUACGGCAGACUAUGAAGGAUUUGUGAAUGAAAACAACGAAGGAAUAGCAGUUGUAUGUUUUACUGCUGCGUGGAGUGGACCAUGUCGCAUGUUUGCAAAUAAAUACAAGGAAAUUUCAAAUUCUGAGGAGUACAAUGAUGUUGUCUUUGCUCAAAUAGACACCGAAGGUAACGAGGAUUUGGUAUCAAAACAUGGAGUGGAACUCUUACCUGCUUUUUGCUUYUAUAAAAAUGGAAAAAAGGCAUUUAACCAGUCUGCCAUAAGUURAAAUCUCUUGAAAAGUCGUACUCUAUUUGUGUGUAGUAAAAUAAAGCAAACUGGAAAAGGAGAGGGAAGUCGAGGCUAUCUCAUAAAAAUCUGGUUUUCAGCACCAGAGAAUUCUUUGCAUCCAAAAACUGCUUUCCUUUUGCAGUGCAUAUAAUUGCUGGUUAGGAAAUUCCUGUUUACUAAGAUUGGCAGAAAAUUGAAGACUGAAUUUGACUGAAACCUAACCCUUUAUUUAAAGCGUCAGUCAACAUCUUGUUAGGUAGCCUUGAUCUCCGGCCAUAUCUCUCGGCCCAGUUUCYUUUGGGUUAUUUUACCAAGUGUAAUGAAUGUCAAAAAUGUCUUGGUCUCUUUCUUUAAAAAGAAGAAAAUAAUAAACGCUGGUUAAUUUCAUCUUUA